AUGAGUAGCGGCGGCACCAGUACAGCUCCACCCCAGGAGCCACGGCCGUUUGUGAGGGCGGUGAGGAAGAUCAAGUGUGCCUCUAUGGUGGCUAGCUUGGCAAAGAGCUGGCAGGGGUGGGCCAGUGAACGCACAGAAAAGCAAGACACCAUCCCGACUGGCUGGAUGCCGACCUCUGUAGAGGAGGAGGAAGAGAAGGAACGCAACCACGUGGUCAAACUCACCGUCACCCCACGUGUGAUAACGGCGGACGCCAGCGACUCCAGUAACAGCAAGAUUCGAACGGUUUCUGUGAAAAAGACCGUCCAGCCCAAACGCAGUGAGUGUGGCAGCGGAGAUGUGGUCAACGCCAUCCGAGGCAAGAUGGAGUCGGCGCCCGAGGAGUCGAGCAAGCCUUUCCUUGGCAACGAGUCGCCAACACGCCGUCGCCAGAUAAGGGCGCUGCAGAGCACUGAGGGUAGCGGGGGAGGUGGAGUGCUUCAGGACAGGAAGCAGAUGCUCCAGGAGAGGAAGCUGGGGUCCAGGAGCAGCAGUGUGGACACAGAGGACAGCGGGCUGGGGGAGGAUGCGGCGCUCAGUGACAACAGCGAAUCAAAGAGCGAGCAGGGGGACCCGCCACUGGAGAAGCAAAUCAACAGACCCAAGAUAAAGAUCAGCACCAUGAGCGACAUCAAAAGCCGCUGGCAGCAGUGGUCCAAGCAGCACAUUGAAGGGCAGAAGCUCAACCCGUUCAGUGAGGAGUUUGACCACGAGCACGCCAUGGCCCAGCGCCUCCGCAAGGGCGAUACCGGCUAUGGCCGUCCCAAAGAGGGCUCAAAGACGGCCGAGAGAGGCGACCGGGCCCAGAAGCACGUCCACAGGGAGAUGGAAGAGAUGGUCUGGAUUAUCAGAGACAUGGGCUUUGAGGACAGAGAGGGGAGGACCAUCAUCACGUUCGGGAGGCUGUUCGAUCGCUACGUCAAGAUCUCGGACAAGGUUGUGGGCAUUCUGCUGCGCUGCCGCAAACACAAAAUGUUGGACUUUGAGGGGGAGAUGUUGUGGAAAGGACAGGAUGAUGACGUGAUUAUCACAGUGAGGGAUUGA